GCUCCACACCACCUACCCCAUUGCCUCCAUCUUCUAUUGUAUCAAGGGGUGUCUCAUAUCUUCGAAACCUUGAAGGAAUGGUGAUCUCUCCAUCCCGCUCCACUGCUUCUUUAACUAACAGUCCCAAAAUGGCUCAAGAAAGUGAGAGCAUUGGAGGAGAAGAAAUGGGACCUCCUCCUUGCAAGAUCAUUAGACAAUCUGUUGGGAGGGGACGUAUGGAAGGAGAGGCAGAAGUUGCACAAGGUUCCCUUGUCACAGCAAUGCGAUCUCCAUCUCCUGCUGCUAUUCGACCUAGAACACCAGUUGGACUGGGAGGAGGGCGAGUUAUAAUCCAGCAACCUCCACUUCCAACCCAACCACCCCCACCCCAGCCACCACCUCCACCUCCUCCCCCUCCUCCUCAUGUGUCUUCAACAACUUCCUCUUCAUCCAUGCCCAUUCUUUGUCACAAUCAGAGCCGUCUUGUCAUUGAAGGAAAUACAGAGAAUCCUGAUCAGCUGGUGCUGAUUUUACCUCGGAUAGCUGCACCAAGGAGUUUCAUUCUCAACCCAAAUUGGAGGAAUAUAACAAUUGAGAAUGGGGAUCAAGGACCAUAUCAGGUGUUGGUGACUCCAAAUCGAGGGACUCCUGUGUGCCUCAUCUCUACAACCCCCUCCCAGCCAAGUCCUCUGAUGAAAGAAGGGAAGAGUGCAGUUUGUCCACACUGUGGUCAAGUGAGCCAGGACUUCAAUACCUGUGUCCGCUGCCGUCGUCCUCUCCCUCCUGAUGUCAAGGAAAUUCCUGAUUCAUUGCUCACCAAGAAGGGGAAGGAGGGAGUACGAUCAUUGGGAUCCCCACAGUCUUCAUUGCGUGUUUUUCGGAAGCAACGGAAGCCAUACCGUGAUGAUGAACCUGAGCUCCUGACACUGUCAUCUGAUGAUGAGGAGCGAGGGGAUCGAGGGAAGCAAGCAGAGAGAGACAGAGGUCAGCAUGGGGAUGGGGUCAGAGAUGGAUAUGCUGAAUGUGAUGCUGAAGGUGAUGGUGAUGGUGAUGGUGAUGGAGGAGAUGCAAAUGAGAAGGAAAAAGAAGAAGGAGACAGAAUCCUUUCAGAGCCUUUCCCUGCUAACCCUGAGGAAGAGGAAGAGGAGGAUGGUGAAGAAGAAGAAGAAGAUGGAAAUGGAAGGAGAGAUGACCAUACUCUUGAUCAAAGAGGAGGGGGGAAGAAAGGAGAACACCAGUUGGUGACCUGUCAUUCUAUACGCUUUGGCUCAUACAAGAUAAUACCCCGGGAUCCAGUUCGUGUGUCCCAGGCAGGGUUCCACAUUGUGAGCCCCAUAUAUGGAGGACCAGGGAAAGUGGAGGUGGAUGUCCCCAUGUCUGGUCUCUUGGGGAUCUGGGUUUGCCUCUCUGAUCAGAUGCCUGUGUUGUUUCUAUACUGCCGACCACGGAUGGCAGCACGUAUCUCCAGUCUCCUUCAGCUUGAUAAAUCCUCUCAGUACCGGUUUGAUCCCUGCAGUACUGAUGACACAUGCAAACGGUUGACAAUUCUUCCAUCCACAUUGACAUCAGCAGUGAGUCAAGUGUUGCGAAGCCUUCUUUCUCCUCUUCGAAUGGACAAGGGACAAACCCUAUACUCAGAGAUUGCAUUGGCAGCAGCCAAUGACAUCCUAGUUCGAUCUUCACCACGAGAGGUGAGAGAGCUGAAUCAGUCACUGGAGAUCCCAGCAUCAAUUCAAGCCUCAAAGCAAAGUUGCCUGCAACCCAGUGAUGGGAAGUCCUCUGCUAUUGACAGUGGAGAGCCCAAAGUGAUGUUCUCAUGGCCAGAACCACCUGCCCGAUCUGAAUUCUCCAUCAAUACAAAUGAUUACAUGUGCCUGGAGGAGGAAUGCUUCCUGAAUGAUACUGUUAUUGACUUCUAUCUCAAGUACCUAUACUGGAAGGUGCUGGAUAAAGAGAUGAGGGAGCGGACACACAUUUUUUCUUCCUAUUUCUAUAAGAGGCUUACAACUCGAACAAACCUUCGUAAUUCUUUUGCUGGCCAAGGAGAAAUGAACCCCAAACUCUCGGCUGAGGAGAUGCGUCAUGCUCGAGUUAAGAGUUGGACAAAAGGAGUGGAUCUCUUUGCUAAAGACUAUAUUGUGAUCCCCAUUAAUGAACAUUCCCACUGGUUCCUUGCAAUCGUGUGCUUCCCGGGAUUGAAUGGGCCUGUGCGAGCUUCAGAUGGACAACGUGUCUGUCUCCCUGCCCCCACCAAGGGACGUUCUCAAAACUUGCUCCAGAAACUAGGAAAGAAAAAAGGAGAUGAGACAAAAGGAGGGAAGAAGGGGGAUGAACAGGUAAUGAAGUAUGGAGCAACUGUGAUCACCCCUGUCAGUGACCAAGGCACUGGAGAAGGGGGGAUGGAGGCUGGGGAUUCUGAUAGGGAUGAAGCCGAGGGAGACGAAGAUGAGCUUCGUGAUGAUAGUUCUCCCCCUGCCCCAGUAGAUGAAGCCCAGGAUCCUCCUCUUGAAACGCCUGAGAAGAAAGCGAGCAAAAAAUCUGGAGAUGAUGGAGAUGAAAGGAGUGAAUCAGAAGAAGAGAUGUUUCCCAUGGCUCAGCCUAAUGACAACAUUAAACAGCCCUGCAUUCUCAUCUUUGACUCUCUGGGUCAGACCAACCGCUCAAGGAUUGUUGAAACUCUCCGCCAAUACCUCCGAGUGGAGUACAAGACACGGCACAAGCAAGACAAGAAUUUUACAAGGGACACUAUGAAAGGGGCCAUCCCUCAAGUUCCCCAGCAGGAUAAUUUCUCUGACUGUGGGGUCUUCCUCCUUCAGUAUGCUGAAGCAUUCUUCCAGAAGCCAAUCACCACCUUCCGUCACCCAUUUCGGGGGCUUGAGGAAUGGUUCAACGAGGAGAGUGUGAAGAAGAAGCGAAAGGAACUGGCUGGGCUUUUGGAAUCUCUCAUGCGUAAGCUUAAUCCAAAACCCUUUGACUUGCCUCCUCUCCAUUUUGCCUGUGAUGAUGAUCCUCCUCCAUCCUCUGAUGCUCCUACUGAGUCUCCAAACAAUCAGCGUGAGAUUCCAAAGCCCCCUGUGUCUCAGCUCCUGUCUCUCCCUCGAAAGUUCUAGGCUGCAUCACAACAUACAUGAAGUCUUCUGUUUUGUAUCUUUCUGUAUCUUCCACAGUUUCAUGAUGAGAAAAUGUACAGUUCUAGAUCAUGUUGUCACCACCAUGGUCUCUUACUGCACACAUUCUGUCUAUCUCUCUUUCAUUGUUUGAUUUUCCCAUUAGCCCUGACAGAUUGUAGAGGUGAAAGGGAGAUGUUUUUAAAAGCAUUACAUCACAGAAAUUCUCUCCCAAGUGGGGAAGAAGUGAUCAAUUUGAGUCCUGGUGGACCACCUGACCUUAUUUAUUUUCUGGUUGCGUCAUUGUUGGCAUGAUAGGCCUCUGACUUUCCCUCCCUGCUUCCUUAUUACCUUUAAUGAGGAAAUACCUGAACUUUCCCCAAAAUUUUUUGUACUUUCUCUCUUUUCAUUCUUUCUUGUUGGUGCAGCUUCAACUUUCCUCUUCCUUAAGAAUUAAAUGCAUCAGUGUUA